GCCAGAUGGAGCACACAGAGAGAGAGAGAGAGGGAGAGAGAGGGAGGCGGUGACCUCAUCGCCGUCGCGAGGCGGAGCGAGCCGCUGCAACUUUUGGAUGAACUUCUGAUUUGAACAAACCGAGCGAGGCGGUCGGUGCACGGACAACAACAGGCACAAAGAGGAUAAAUCGGAAACCCUGUUGAAGCUUUUAGUCGGCUAUGUCAGGGCCUUUCAUAGCAGCCAGAGAAGGAAAGGGAGGCACAAGAAGCAUCAGCUAAUUUUAGCCACUCUACCUGAGGGAAACCUCCUCUGACGACAGUCACACAACUAGGGGAAACAGAGGCACCGGAUUAAAGGAAGUCAUAUCCUGGUCAUUGUUCAUCACUGCUGGAUAGAGUCGCCUCUCUCAUCUAAAGGAAACUGUUACGACUUGAAGUUCGGAAAAGCUGUCGUCCGUUUGCAAGUCACCUGUGAGCCUUCAGGCUGUGUCAUCUGCCGUUCACUGGCCUUGACAAGACACUGGCAUUAUCAGUGAUUGGUGCGUAUAAGAGAUCCAGGCAUCUACAGUCAAAGGGGAGCUGUAUCUAUUUUUAAAUCGAGGCCAGUUGGUGAGUUGGUCCCAUCCAGACUAAAUUGAGCUCUCUCCCAGCAUGGUUGCAAUGCAGACUGCUUUGUAGAGACCACAGUUGUGAAAGUUCACCAUCAACCCAUUUCUUUUCAUCAAGCUUCAGCUCUGUGAAGCACCAAAUGUGUCCGUGAGACCCGUCACUUCACUCCAUGGGCAUUAUGUUAACCCUAAUCUAAACUCAUUAGCAACCCUACCUUUCCCUCCCAUCUCCCCUCCCCAUACCCCAUCCCAUCUCCAUCAUGACCAGUCUGAAGCGUUCUCAGACAGAGCGCUCGGUUGGGGGCUCAGUGCCGGCUACUGAUGAGUUCUAUACCCGCCGCCUGCGACUGCCCAAUGGGGGGGCACCACCACCCCGCAGUGAGAGUGCCCACAUCUCCUCUUCCUCCACCACCGGCACCAACCCUGGCGUCCCCAAAAUGGGGGUACGGGCUCGUGUGGCCGAUUGGCCCCCGCGGAAAGAUGGAGGAGGAGGUGGUGUUUGGCAUAUCACUGUGGAAACUGAUUCACCCAGCUCUACCAACACCACCAGCUCUUCAGGAUCAGGAAGUGGAGAUAGAGAAAGACUUGGAGGAGGGGGAGGAGGAGGAGGAGGAAGUGGAGGAGGAGGAGGUGGUGGUAGUGGUAGUGGUGGCAGCGGAGGAGGUGGGGUGUCAGCCGUCACAGCCCACAGCAAUCUGUCAGCUAAGCUGGGCCACCUGAUAAGCCCACAGGACUCAUCCAUGCUGCGCAACAUCCACAACACACUAAAGAGCAAGAUGCAGAGCAAGGGAAAGGACAACCGCUUCCUGUCACCAGAUGGCUAUCUGGGAUCGCCUCGAAAAGGCAUGAGGCGUAUCCGCCAGCGCAGUAACAGUGACAUAACCAUCAGUGAGCUGGAUGGGGAUGGCAACGAGGGUUGGUCCUUCUCUGGAUGGACACCCAUGCACCGUGAAUAUGGCAGCACUUCAUCCAUAGAUAAACAUGGAGUGUCAGGAGAGAGUUUUUUUGACAUGCUAAAGGGAUACCAGUCCUCUGAGGCUCCCGAUCAGCGAAGCCCAGCUCCAGAGAGGCUAACAGAACUACUUACCGUGGCCCCGAUAAAACAGGCUGCUCUGGACCUGCCAGAUGGGCCUUUAGGUCCAGCCAGAGGUAGUCCUGCCAGUCGCCUGAAGGAACGAGAAAAGCACUUGAAGAGGAGGUCAAAGUCAGAGACAGGUGGAGAGUCAAUAUUCCGUAAGCUGCGCAGUGUGAAGGUGGAGGGUGACACAUCGAGGGCAGGCUCAGAUGUUGAAGAUGGGGGGAAAGGGGAUGAAAGUGGCCCACCUCCCAAACCUUGGUUGUGCCAAAAGGGCUUUUCCCACUUUGAUAUCCAGUCUCUACUCUUUGACCUCAAUGAGGCAGUCCAAAGUCGGCAAUCUGGGUCCAAACGCAAGAACACUACAACCGGUGCUUCGGCGGCUGCUGCCGCCUCAGCUUCAGCCACAUCCUCACUCUCUUCCAAUCAGAGUGCAGUGUAUGGGUCACCCUGUGGCUCACAAGAAGAGCUGAGCAAGGAGGGAACAGGAGGACACAGUACCAACCCCGCCUUGGACCCUGGUGAUGACAAGAGCAAUGACCUGGUGCUCAGCUGCCCUUGUUUCAGGAAUGAAAUUGGUGGAGAGGGUGAGAGGAACAUCUCUCCUGCUAAACAGCAGGGCAGCAUAGGUAGUGGUGGGAGCUCAAGCAGUUCUUCUGGCAGUACAGAGGAAGGACCUUUGGAUGCCACCCUCACUACUCAUUUUACCAAUGCUGGUGUGGCUGUGUUGGAGGCGUCCAAGGAUGGGCCAAGCCAACACGCUGACAGAUCCAAACGAUACAUUGUGGAACAUGUUGACCUCGGCGCCUAUUACUACCGAAAGUACUUCUACCUCAGAGAACACUGGAACUACCUGGGGGUAGAUGAGAACCUUGGCCCAGUGGCAGUGAGUCUGAGAAGGGAGAAGUUGGAUGAACACAAGGAUCAUGGGCAGCAGUACAACUACAGGGUCAUUUUCAGAACGAGUGAGCUGAAUACCCUGAGGGGCUCCAUCCUGGAAGAUGCAGUGCCUUCCACAUCCAAGCAUGGUCUGGCUCGCGGCUUGCCCCUCAAAGAGGUGCUGGAGUACCUGGUUCCCGAACUCAAUGUCCACUGCCUGCGUCUGGCACUCAACACGCCUAAGGUCACUGAGCAGCUGAUGAAGCUGGAUGAGCAGGGGUUGAGUUUCCAGCGGAAAGUUGGAGUGAUGUACUGCAUGGCAGGCCAGAGCAGCGAAGAGGAGAUGUACAACAACGAAUCAGCUGGCCCUGCGCUGGAGGAGUUCCUUCAUCUGCUGGGAGAGAGGGUUCGACUCAAAGGCUUCACCAAGUACCGGGCCCAGCUGGACACGAAGACUGACUCGACAGGCACCCACUCCCUGUACACCACUUACAAGGAUUAUGAGAUCAUGUUCCAUGUGUCUACCAUGCUGCCCUACACACCCAACAACAAGCAACAGUUGCUGAGGAAACGGCACAUUGGGAACGAUAUCGUCACGAUUGUGUUCCAGGAGCCCGGGGCGCUUCCUUUCACCCCCAAAAACAUCCGCUCUCACUUUCAGCACGUCUUUGUGAUUGUGCGUGCUCAUAACCCGUGCUCCGACAACAGCUCCUACAGUGUGGCGGUGACUCGUUCCAAAGACGUGCCGUCUUUCGGUCCCCUCAUCCCAGAAGGCGUGACCUUUCCCAAGUCUUCUGUGUUCCGGGACUUCCUGCUGGCUAAGGUCAUCAACGCAGAAAACGCUGCCCACAAAUCGCACAAGUUCCGCGCCAUGGCCACCCGAACGCGCCAGGAGUACCUUCGUGACUUGGCCGAGCGCCACACCACCAGCACACCCAUCGACCCCUCGGGGAAGUUCCCUUUCAUCUCACUGGCCCACAAGAAAAAAGAGAAGAGCCGGCCGUAUGGGGGGGCAGAGCUGCGCAGCCUGGGGGCAGUGACCUGGCCGGUCCACGCUGAAGAUCAUGGGACCGGAGGAGAACUGGAGGCCCUUCUGGCCAUCUCCAAUGACUUUCUCAUCCUGUUGGACCAGGAGGCCAAGGCCGUGGUGUUCAACUGUGCCACUAAGGACGUGAUUGGCUGGACGCUGAGCAGCCCGGCGUCUUUGCGGAUUUUCUACGAACGCGGAGAAAGUGUGUCUCUGAGGAGUAUCAGUAAUAACACGGAGGAUUUCAAGGAGGUGGUCAAACGUCUAGAGCUCCUGACUAAGGGCUGUGAGACAUCAGAGAUGACACUUCGCCGAAACGGCCUGGGGCAGCUCGGCUUCCACGUCAACUAUGAAGGCAUCGUGGCCGAGGUGGAGCCAUACGGUUACGCCUGGCAGGCAGGACUGCGGCAGGGAAGCCGAUUGGUGGAAAUCUGCAAAGUUGCUGUAGCAACACUGACUCAUGAACAGAUGAUUGACCUCCUGCGGACCUCAGUGACAGUGCGUGUUGUUAUCAUCCCACCACAUGACGAUGCCACUCCACGCAGGGGCUGUUCGGAGCUCUAUCGGAUGCCUGUGUCCGAAUACAAGGGCAGCAGCAGCGACAGCGGCUCCUUCGAAUACAAGUUCCCCUUCCGCAGCAACAACAACAAGUGGCAGAGGACGUCGAGCAGCCCCCAGCAGUCACUGACCGCCUCGCCACAGCCCCACACACCCAACCGGGCCAUCAGCCUGGGUAGCUCAGUGGGCAAGACGCUGUCAGCUGAGAGGCUGGAGAGGGGUGCAGUCAUCCCACGCAGUGUCAGCAGCGAUGGCCGGCCCCUGGACACUAAGAGGAUGUCUCCGGGCAGUGAGAGCUAUAGCCUGGCCUCCUCCCUGGCGUUGGGUCGUUCCCCUCACAAUCGCAGCUCUCCCAGCAACCUGUCUUGUUCCAGUGAAGCCUCCGGAAGCUCCGCUCACUGGAGACAGAAGUCCAUGCCUGAGCAGUUUGUCAGCAACCGGCACUCUCCGAUGUCUGCGGAAAGACGAGAGGUGGUUGGAGAGGGAGGGUCCAGUGGAAAGUCCACUCCCAAUUGGUCGAGAAUGGAGGAAGGGGGAGGAGCUGAACGAGGGUCCACAGAGGCCCCAGUCUCCAAGUCUGGUCAAGGCUACUCCGGAGCUCCCCGCAUCCAAAGGCAGGAGCAGGUCAUCCACCUCUCCCCAAAGAAGGGCAGCCAGUCCGAUGGCCCUUACUCUGGGCACUCCAGCAGCAACACUCUAUCCAGCACAGCUUCCAGCGGGGGCCACAGCGACAGCGAUAAAUGGUACGAGAUGGGAGCGGGUGGAGCCUCCAGCGGCGACCAGGGCGAAACGGAGCCCAACGGCCUGGGAGGAGGCGGCUACCUCCAGGGGGCGUCGGCCGACAGCGGCAUCGACACCAGCUCUUAUGGAGCCUCUCACCACACCCACCCCCACUCUCAUCAUGGCAGCACCACCUCCCUGCUGGCUCCGAGCGGAGGCAGAGAGAGCAGGGAGCGCUCGGUGUCUCCGUGGCACAGCCCCACCGAGGGAGGCCGAAGGAUGCUGGAGAGGUCACCUGCCGCUGCUGAGUCCCCAGGACCACCAGGAGAAAGGAGUCAGGAGACAGGCCGAACCCCACCUACUCAUCUCCUUGUGAGAGACAGCAGCACGUUCAGUCUGAGUGAGGCUGGCUCACACUCAAGUGCCAGGCACUCAGGCCACAGCUCUCCAAGAGAAGAGUCCUCCUCUUCAGCCACCUCCCCUUCAUCUCAGUCCUCGGCGUCCCCUGGGCCCAAGAGCUUCUACCCUCGCCAGGGAGCUCAGUCCAAGUACCUGAUUGGCUGGAGGAAGCCCGGUUCCACCAUCAAUUCUGUCGACUUUGGAGACACGCGCAAAAAAUCUCCUGGAGAGGGUGGCGUGGAGGCUGUUCCGACCCCAGCAGCUAGGCCCUCUCUUCGGGAUAUGCACUCGCCCCAGCCUCACGCCAAGUCGACUAUGGAGGAAGAUGUGAAGAGACACAGUGCCCCAGACAGCCCUCCACCACCACGCAGGCACAAGGAAAAGCACGGCCAGAAAUCUUCACCAGGCAAGCCUCUCAGCCGCCAUCGCUCACUCCAUCGUACCCUGUCAGACGAGAGCAUCUACCGAGUCGGCCAGCGCCUUCCUCCCCUGACCGACUCGGUGGCCGAACCGGCACUCGGCACUGAUGUUCUGUUCAGCUGCUCCACCCUCCCACGCUCACCCACCACCCGCGGUGUCCCCCUUCGACGGCCCUCCUAUAAGCUGGGAGUCAAACUCCACGGUGACCUUUCGGCAUCCGACACAUCAUUGGUGGAUUUGGUGGAGCGUCAUCGUGGACCACUCCCUCAGGAGCUGAUGCCCCUCCCGUCUUCAGACAGAGACAGCCCACUAGAGUGGACACACCUGGUGGAUGUGGCCAACACCUUUGAGAGCGAAAGAAACACACACUAUGUCCAGAGAAGUUUUGUGUUUGGAGAUUCAAACCACCGAAGCAGUGGCGCCUCCAGUCCCCAACAGCCCCACAUAGAGCUGCAGCCCGCCCCACUGUCACGGCCCUCAUCUAGUGAGGGUCACAUAGGGCUGGAGAGGAAGGUGACUAAGCUGGAGGCCAUGGUGAAGAUGCUCCAGGAGGAUCUGAAGAAGGAGCGUGAAGAGAAGAUGAGACUUCAGACUCAGAUCAAGAGGCUCUGGGAGGACAACCAGAGGCUGCAGGAGGAGUCCCAGACCUCCGCUGCUAAGCUCAAGAAGUUCACCGACGGUCAGUCAGUCAGACAUGGAGCGGGAGGCCACACAACAACAACAAAAAAACACAGGACAGGAAGUGAAAUCAGAAGCCAGCUUUGAGAGACAAUCAAAGGUUAAACGUUUUUGAUAAAGGGAGCAGACUUUAGGUGUGUGUGUGUGUGUGUGUGUGUGUGUGUGUGUGUGUGUGUGGUGAGUUUGAACAGUUUUCCUCAGGUUCUGUAUUUGUUGGGUUCUUUUGAGAAAGUGAUUCAAAAAAACUAGUGGUUUGAUCCACAAAUCCCCACAAUAAGAGGAAGCUACAGUACCAGUAUAGCAGUGGCAGUGUGUGUGUGUGUGCGUGUUGUCAUUGUGUGGAUGAGCAUCAGUCUAUCCAGCCGUGCCUACAGUCACUUACUUUGGUCAUUUACUCCCAGGCAGAGCAGGGACGUGCCUUUGAAACAGCACCUGGGGAAACAGAUGAAAGGGAAAGGCUCUUCUUCUUCUUCUUCUUCUUCAUCCUGAAAAUAAACACACCUGGUAACAUCACACACACACACACACACACACACACCUUACAACACUUAUGAGUUUUAAUCAGCUUCAUAUUCACAGUUGUGGAGUCUGCCUCAUAAAUGUUUGUGCGAGGCUUCGAGCCUUUCUCUUCUUCAUAUGAAUAUUUUUACUGAACACAAUCAGGCUGGUCAGCCUCCAGACACAGGGACGAGAGAGUGUGUGUGUGUGUGUGUGUGUGUGUGUGUGUGUGUGUGUGUGUGUGUGUGUGUGUGUGUGUGUGUGUGUGGUGUAUGGAAAUGCAUUGUGUGUGUGUGUGUGCCUUUUUGCAUUCAGUUCCAUGCAGUAUAUCUUUCAGUGCAGCUGGCAUCUCAUCUAAUAAGAGUGUAUUGGAAGAAUCUUUUUUUUUUUUUUUCUCCCCCAAAUCACAAAGCUAAUUACAAAACAAGCAAAAGCGACAAAGCUGUUUGUGACACGACAACAAAAGUGUCAGGGGGGCGGGGUUAUUUCAGGACGCCAACUCGAGCGCGUGCAGUGAAACGUGGUGAGAGCCUUAACGCCUCGGUCUUUGCUUUCAAAGCCCUUUUUCGAUGAAAAAACACUCCCCACCGUUUGAAUCCAUUAAACGUAAAUUUGCAUCUUAAAUUGAUGCAAUUAAAACCCCCUGCAGCACAUAGCACAGAACGGCACCUGCUCUGAAUGUAAAAGAGAAAUACAAACAAGCCUAAAUAAAUGUGACGUUUACUAUAACUGACAUUCAAGCUCUGCGCUUUUUGCAGGGAGGUGAGUGGACUCGUGACAAAAAAAAAAAGAUAUACAAGUGUCGGUUCUGUUUUAAGAAUCUCUGUCAGUCUGUGUGGACGGUAACAAACGCCGGUGAACAGUCGACGGCUCAAAGUGUUUUUUGCUCGGUGAGAUGAUUUGGUUGUUUUUAACGGUUUAACAAGUUGGCCAGUCAGUGGAAAGCAGUCAUAGUUAGUCAUCCGAUAAUGUGAAACGCUCAGAUUACACACAAAAUAUGAGUCAUGUAGGCAGAAAUGUUCCCCAUCCAGGAAGUUUUGACUGUAAAUUGUAUCUCGAUGCUUAAACGAUGACAAAUAGGGUUAUGUCUUACUGUACAUGGAAAGUGCUCUAGUUUUUUUUUUUUUUUUUUGUAUUUCAAAUGAAGUAUGGCCAAAUGACAAACUGUGCAGUGCAGAUGUUUUUGCUCGCAUCUUUAAAAGUGUGCAUCAAGUUUUGAUGUUAGAUACAGUUAUCGACCUUUAUUCAAAGACAUGAACACACACCGGUCCAGUUACUCCAGUGUGAAUGUUGACUUAUUGUACUGUGCGUAUAGUUUCUUUCUCUCCUCGGCUUUGUUUUUUCAGAACGAUGUGGGAGAAUGUGAAUGUUAAAGAUGUUCAAAUGUUCCAUUUUGUAAUAUCUUUUUAUUUUUAAGAACCUUUGCACAGUGUUUUCUAAAAAAGGAUUGUGGAUAAAGAAGGGUGGACAGAUCCAUUCCUGUGCAGUCUAGCCGUAGUUUCCUGACAAUCCUUACGCAUCGCUGAUCGGACCAGAAGCAGGCUGGAUGUUGUUUGGACUGUAGGGAGGCUUGGGUUUUUCAGUCAAACACAACUUUUGCGAGGUUUAGUGACGGGGGAGAACGGUUUCACGCGGCUCAGAGUCACUGCUCACACAGCUGUGUUUGGAAGAACAAACCAAACAGCGAAGUGAUCAGCUCUGACUCGAGAUAAAAAGCACACAAAUUCAAGAGGACCAUGCGUUUAACAGAAUUAAAGAUACUGUUUACAUCCCGGAUCCAUUGUCUUUGUAAAAUGUAAAAGGUAUGAAAAAGACAUUUGCAGUGAUCACAGUAUUAAAGUUUCUGAAAUAAAUAAAUGCUGUAUC